AUGUACUGUCCUGCCUGCCUGCAGCGGCGCGUUGGUAGCCUCAUGGCUGCAACCUGUGAGAUUAGCAACAUUUUCAGCAACUACUUCAGCACCAUGUACAGCCCCGAGGACCCCACCCUAGGCUCCGUGCCCCCUGCCGCCUCCUUUGGGGCCGACGACCUCGUGCUGUCCCUGAGCACCCCCCAGAUGCCGCUGGAGGGCCCAGAGAAGGCCAGCUGGUCCAAGGAGCAGCCCCAGUUCUGGUCCAAGGCCCAGGUGCUGGACUGGAUUAGCUACCAGGUGGAGAAGAACAAGUUCGAUGCCAGCACCAUCGACUUCUCGCGGUGUGACAUGGACGGGGCCACGCUCUGCAGCUGUGCCCCCGAGGAGCUGCGGCUGGUCUUCGGGCCCCUGGGCGACCAGCUCUACUCCCAGCUGUGGGAUCUCACCUCCAGCUUUCCCGAUGAGCUCGGCUGGAUCAUCGACCUGCUGGAGCAGGACAGCGUGUCUUUCCAGGAGACGCUGGGGGACCCAGGCCCCUUUGACCAGGGCAGCCCCUUCGGUCCGGAGAUGCAGGAGGACGGCCGUCAGCCCAGCCCCUACAACCCGGGCAGCUACGGUGCGGGGGCCCCUUCCCCCGGCAGCUCGGACGUCUCCACCGUCUCCUCCACCAUCUCCACCCCAGGCACCGGCGCUUCUCAGUGCUCCCACUCCUCUGACUGCGGGGGAAGCGAUGUGGACCUCGACCCCACUGACAGCAAGCUCUUCUCCAGGGACGACUCCUCGGACCACAAGAAGGGGGAUCCUAAGCACGGCAAGCGGAAGCGGGGCCGACCCCGGAAGCUGAGCAGAGAGUCCCGGGACAGCCUGGAGGGCAGGAGGAACAAACACGCCCCCAGAGGCACCCACCUGUGGGAGUUCAUCCGGGACAUCCUCAUCCACCCGGAGCUGAACGAGGGCCUGCUCAAGUGGGAGAACCGGCAGGAGGGCGUGUUCAAGUUCCUGCGCUCCGAGGCCGUGGCCCAGCUGUGGGGGCAGAAGAAGAAGAACAGCAGUAUGACCUACGAGAAGCUGAGCAGGGCCAUGAGGUACUACUACAAGCGGGAGAUCCUGGAGCGGGUGGACGGUCGGCGUCUCGUCUACAAGUUCGGCAAGAACUCCAGCGGCUGGAAGGAGGAGGAGGUGGUCGGGGGUCGGAACUGA